AUGCUAAACGUUGGAGGUGCGUUCAAAGCCUCCCGCUGCCAUGGAGCUCAGACAGUCAGCAGCAGGAUGUGUUGCACCUCGCUUUGUCUACAGGAGCCGCGACACCAGGCCUGCUCUGCCUCUGGGAGAAGGCGAUUAGGCAGCGCUGAGCCGCCCAGUGAGGGGGCGGGCCCACGCCCAGCAGGGAGGGGAGUCCUGCCACAGGAGGGACCAAUCAAGAGCAAAGCACAGUGCAGACCCUGGGCCGAGGUUCAGUGGGAAAAGGCUUGGCUGCUGGUUCAGAGCGCUGCAACUUUCACGGAUUAG